CCUAUACACAGGACACACCCCUCAGUGUGUGAGGAGUUCCUGCUUUGCAGUUUGCAGCCAGCCCCCUCAGGAUGAUGCGGUUUGGGUGCAGUAGGAGGCUGUGGUGCGCACUGUCCUUCCUGGGAGCUGCGGCUGGCUACAGAGUCGGCUCUGCUUAUUUUGGAACUAGUGUCCUACAAAACCAGACAGAGUUUGAGCUCAGAAAAUCCAAAGUGGUCGCUCAGUCAAACAUGAGGGUUGAGUUGAUCCCAGCACUAACAGACAACUACAUGUACCUCCUCAUAGACGAGGAGACAAAAGAAGCUGCCAUUGUAGAUCCAGUCCAGCCUCACAAAGUUGUUGAUGCAGUCAAGAAACACGGCGUUAAGUUGACAAGCGUUCUUACUACACAUCAUCAUUGGGAUCACGCUGGGGGAAAUGAGAAGCUGGUCAAGAUGGUAUCUGGGUUAACCGUGUACGGAGGCGACAGCAGGGUAGGAGCCCUAAACCGGAAAGUGUCACAUCUAACAACGUUCCAGGUGGGAUCGCUACAUAUAAAAUGUCUUUUUACCCCAUGCCACACCUCAGGACACAUCUGCUACUUUGUAACUAAGCCGUCUAGCAGUGAGCCUCCAGCCGUGUUUACAGGUGACACCCUGUUUGUUGCAGGGUGCGGCAAAUUCUUUGAAGGGACAGCUGAUGAAAUGUACAGUGCUUUGAUUGAAAUAUUGGGUCGUCUUCCCCCAGAAACGCGAGUCUACUGUGGCCAUGAAUACACAAUCAACAACUUGAAGUUUGCUCGCCAUGUUGAACCAGACAACAGUGCUAUAAAACAGAAGCUGUCUUGGGCUAAGGAUACGUACAAUAAGGGAGAACCCACUAUACCUUCCACUAUUGCAGAAGAAUUUACUUAUAACCCCUUUAUGAGAGUGAGGGAGAAGGCUGUGCAGCGACAUGCUGGAGAAGAUAAUCCCAUUUCUACAAUGGCUUCAAUUCGCAAAGAAAAAGAUAAUUUCAAGAACCUGGCCACCAUGAGGAGGCAAAGACACCCCAGCCAAAUUCUUAAAUACCUCCCCCACUUCCCUCAUCCCCAAGUCAUUCUGCCAAGGGAACAAGGAACAGUAGGAGAAAUAUCAGGGUGAAAAACGUUGCCAGAAGAACAAAAAAUUACAGCCGCCUCAUAAAUAAAAACAUGGUGGGAGCUGUGGACUCUUCCCGUCAGAAAUAAAGAAAAUUAUCAGGUAAGCAUAAUUUAUGUUUUUCUUCUUAAACGGCAAGAGUCCAAAGCUGCAUUCAUUACUUUUGGGAAAACAAUACCCAAGCUGGAGGACACUGAAUGCAAUCAACGGGUGGGUAUAAAAGGCGGCCUUCGAAAGGCACCACAGCCAGAAAUUACCCGACACCCUAUAAAAAUAUAGCCGACACAGGUGAAAAUCCCGAAGCCCAGGUAACUGCACAUUAGUUACACCACCAGCAAAGCGGAACUAGAGACCACUCAGUCCCAGAGUUUGUUGAGCCCAAACAGCCUCCGAGGAGUCAGCCCCGCGGUUUAUGACUCCUAUGAAGGUACCCGACCGAAAGACAAGGACCACUAUCUGCCCCCAAAAGGGAGAACAGAUUUCCAGGAAAAAUCCAAAGGAUCAUUCCACACGGCUCAACAAACAGAACAACCCAUGGUUGUCUUACGAUAAUAGCGCCCAGGGAGAUGAACUCCCUAGAAACAUAAGGACCUAAUAAAAAAGAGAUCCAUACACAGGGAAACACGUCCCAAAAAGAACCCGAGGGACACCCUCAUAUCCCUGACUCAGUACCAUACCAUAAGGUACUCCAGAGAAACAUGAGUUCCCUGUUGCCUCGUAUCAAAUCAAAACCUGCAGGCUAGGCAUGCAGAGGCAGCAGAAAUAGGAUAACUAUCCCAGCAGUUAGUAAAGAGCUCUCCUAGAGAACACCAAACCGUCUGAACAGGAACUCUAAGUGACCAGCUUCCAGGUAGGAAAGCUGACUCAACCAUCGUGAACACCGAAAAGGCGUUUUAAAGCCUGCUAGCACACAUUCAAAGUCCAGUUAGCUGUAGCUGGUUUCAAACCGCAAACUUCCAAGGGCUCCACAACAGCCCUCCAAAUACCGGGCUCCAAGGAGCAUCCCCUCCCAGCACCAGACGCCAGUAGAAAAGAGGAGGACAUAAAAAGUCCUCCCACCGAAGGGGAGGACCGACUCUGGAAGAAACCGGUCAACACUGCAUAGACUAACCGAUCCCCGACCUUCCCUCCAGGGUAAUGGUCUCAGCCCAAAGGCUAGUCAAAGACCAAAGACAAGAGUCCCAGACCUCUGGAAGAGAUAAGGAAGGGUCAAUGAGGGACAAAGCCCCCGUGUAGACCUCUGACUUCUACUACAAACGGCAUGCUACCGUUAGUCAGGAUAGACAUUGUGCUCGGGUACGACACCCCCUACACUGCUUUCUUCCCCAAAGAGGAACACUUCCCAAGGGAAAAGGGCUCUCAGACCCCUAGCAUCUAUAUAUCAGAAUCCAACAUUUAGCAGGAGCCCCAACAGGGUUCAAACCCUCAGCCUCCCGCUGCAGAAACGGUGGAACCAGUUACUACUCCACAUCUCCCCUUCCAGGAUUCAGAAAACGCAAGAAGGGGAAAAAAACCUUACAAGGCAAGAAAACAAGGACCCACAGGUCGCCACAGAUACUAAGGUAACUCCGAACCAAGAGAACCUGUCCCCCGCUCUAGAAGAGAAGGGAACUAAAGAGGAAAACCACCCUAUCAUAGAGGCGAGACCCCUCAACCAUAUCGCCAACCCAGUUGAAACACACCUGGAGUCUACAGGAGCGCCAGAAGACCAGUUUGGACCCAUCAGAAAGACCUAGAGCCUUUGCCACAGGCAGAUAGGCAUCUCCCAUGAAAAACAGAGUCCUGCCCCCCUCUGAGAGAGGCACACGGGACCAAAAACACCUAAGGUGAGACCGAACCGUCCACACCCAACCAGGGAGAUAUAUGGACUUAGGCCAGGGUCCUCGAAAAACGGAUUUGAUCGAAAGAUCUAACUUCCUGAGAAACCCUAAGCUGCCUCCUAUAAUUAAGAGUGCACCAUCUAAAGUCAGUAGACUUGGCGAUCUAGCAACUUAUUAAGAUAAAAAGAGUCCCACUGGGACCCUACCUUGUUUAGUUAACAUUACAUUCACAUAUCGAAAAAAAAUCAAAACGAUCUUUCCGGAAUCUACGCCAUGGAACAGGAACACGGCCCUUCAAGUGUGACAGAUAGUAGCCUCGCUUCUAACAUGGACUUGAGUGAAUAAAGGCAGGCAGCGAAACUCGUCAACGCUGAUUACCAAAGGAGCUGUUAAUAUGAGUCGGGAUGGGUUCGCAGGAAAACUCUCCCUGCAUCUCUGGACUCUAACUUUCAUCCAUGCUCUCACUGAGAGGCUGACAGGAUUACUUAAAACUCAAGUCCCAUUGCGAAGAGUACUACCCUCUAUAAGAGACUAUCUUGAACUUCUGACACUUCUCUGCCAACCUCCUGUGACGAAAGGCAAAUAAUGACUGGGGGAUGAGGGAAGUGGGGGAGGUAUUUAAGCCUUUGGCUGGGGUGUCUUUACCUCCUCCUGGUGGCCAGGUUCUGUAUUUCCCAAAAGUAAUGAAUGCAGCUGUGGACUCUUCCCGUUUAAGAAGAAAAUGAAACAAAGAAUGUCCCUUUAAUUGCUUUACCAAUACAGUCUUUAAGUGGCUAUACUUUUUCAAACAGCUGAUUAAAGUGUUCUAGGGGUCAGUGCAUGCUUUGUAGAAAAAAACAUAUAUAUAUUUUGAAUUCCAAAAACAAAUAAAAAAAUAUAAAAUAAAAUAUAUAUAAUUGGGAAUCACAAAACUUUAUGCAUCACUUCCAAAUCCCUUUAAGGUUUUAACACAUUUGCGACUCGGCUUUUAUUCUGGAUGCAUGAAAAAAAACAACUGUUCAACAGAUUAGUACAAAUUAUUUGUGGAACGUUUCAUUUAUCUAUAACAAAAACAAACUGUCAGUUUCUGAAUAUUUUGCAAUAAACAUUUCUGAGUA